AUGGCCAUUCAUGAAGCAUGCAGGACGGCGGAGGUGGCUGACAUUUUGUUCCUCGUGGGGCAGUCACAGGGCGCAGGGAGGGAGAGCUCCCGGCUGGUCAAGGACUUCAUCAGCAGCAUGGCGCGUUCCUUUGAGAACGUGGUGAUGGGCAAAGGAGGCGUCCGGCUGGCGGUGGCACUCUACGGGGAGAAACCAAGGAUGAGUGUUGAGCUCACGGAUUACGUGACCAUUGAAGAAAUGCUGGCGGCAAUUCAGGAUCUCUCCCUCAAAGGCAGCAGCUUAAAAACAGGAUCAGCUCUGGCGUUUGCAGCUCAUGCUAUGUCUCGCUUGGACAUGCUGCGAGAGGAUGCGGCAAAGGUAGUUGUUUUGAUCACAGACGGGAAAUCUGGUGAUUCUGUUGAAGAUGAAGCCCAGGUCCUGCAGGAUGGGGGGGUGACCGUGUUUGCUGUAGGAAUUAAGGAUGCUGACAGGAACGAACUGAACAAAAUAGCGUCAGAGCCCACUGCAGAGCAUGUGCUUUAUAUUGAAGAUUUCCACCUCCUCCACAACUUGGCCCCCAAACUCUCUCGUAGGCUCUGUUUCACUGCCUCAGAGCCGCCCCAACCCAUCAAACAGACUGUGCAAGCUGAGAAGAUCAUUGGCCCCCGGGAUUUGCACAUCAGUGAGCACAGCCACAGCUCACUGCGACUCACGUGGAUGCCAGCUACUGGGAGGGUGAUGGGGUACCGUGUCCAUCUGCAUCCCAUGCUGCCUUCGGGGCAGCUGGUUUCAGAGGACCAGCGGCAGAUUGUGGUGGAUGGUGACAAAAGUACCGUGCUGGUGACUGAUCUGAAACCCAACACCAAGUAUGUCUUCACGGUGAGGGCCAUCUAUGCAGAUGCCCUGGGGGAGUCAGCAGCUGUCAAAGGGAAAACAACACCUGUGCCUUCAGUCACUAAUUUCCGUGUGACAGAAGAAGGACUUUUUACCUUGAAGGUGGCUUGGACACCUCCACUGGGCAAGCUGGAAGGCUACAAGAUCUACAUCCCAAGAGCCAACAGACCAGGAAUGAUGUACGAGCAAGUUCUGCGGGGCGAUGUCUCUUCCCACGUGCUGGAUAACUUGCAGGAGGAUAGAGAAUACAGCAUCAGCAUCUACGCAGUGUACCCCCAGGGGCCGAGCCAGCCUGUGGCUGCUGUGGGGAGAACAUGUCCUUCCUAACUCCAGCCUUGAGCCCUGCUCUUCCC